UCUUUGUGAAAUUUUGUGUGCACAAUUUUUUGUAAAAGUUGUAAAAAAGAAAUUAAUUUAAUUAUUUUUUUUUAGUUUGUUGUUUUGAUUAUGUUAAGCCGUAAACGAAGAGCUAGUUCGAUAAGCAGUAAACAUGAUGAAGAUCCCCAACAAACGGAUGACUCUACGCCAGAACAGUCGCCGGUAUUAAUGAGUUCAUCGACAGUAGGAGCAAGUUCAACGGUAGGCAUGUCUGCGCGAAAAAAACGUAGACUAGAUCCCACAGAAAUGUGUCAGAGUCUGUAUGACUCCAUAAGAAAUCUAAAAAAAGAAGAUGGCACCAUGUUGUGCGAUACUUUCAUACGAGCACCCAAGCGCAGGCAAGAGCCGUCAUAUUACGAUGUGGUUAAUAAUCCCAUAGAUCUAUUGAAAAUACAACAAAAACUUAAAACUGACAUGUACGAUGAUUUAGACGAAUUGGUACAAGAUUUUGAAUUGCUGGUAAAUAAUGCGAAGGCUUUUUAUAAGCCCGAUACCACAGAACAUCAGGAUGCUGGCACGUUGUGGCAGUUUGUGGUAGCCAAUAAGCAAAAAUUGCUAGAAUCCAUGGGCAUAAUGAUGACAGAUGAUGAGCCCAAGAUGAAGAGUAGAGGUAGAAGAAGAUUGACAUGCAAUACCGAGGAAGAGGUCAAAGACGAUGAAGUCAAUAUUUAUGAAGAGUUAUUUGGUACGGUAAUGACUUCUGUGGAUGGCACAAUGAACGAUAGACCUUUGCAUAGAAUGUUCCUAUUGUUGCCAUCGAAAAAAGUCUAUCCGGAUUAUUACGAUGUAAUCGAACAUCCCAUUGAUUUGAGAUUAAUUGCUACGAAGAUACAAACUAAUGCCUAUUCCAAUCUACAAGAAAUGGAAAGAGAUCUUUUGCAAAUGACUAAAAAUGCAUGUCAAUUCAAUGAGCCUGGUUCACAAAUCUAUAAAGAUGCCAAGGCUUUAAAGAAAAUGUUUACGCAAAAACGUAUUGAACUGGAGACGGGUAAAGCGAAGUUAGUACGCCGUCACAAGUCGGUAUCUAGUGCUGCCAUUGCGGCCAUGAAAGAGGAAGCCGACUCAUCAGAUGAUGAGGAAACCAGCCGCAAAGGUGAAGGUCCCAUGUGGGCAUUAUUUGAUCAUUUGUACAAUGCUCCCGGACAUUCUGAGCAUCCCGGAGCUACUGGACCACCUUUGGGUACUUCAUUGUGGAAACUGCCUGUGCGUAGAUUUCAUCCAGAAUAUUUUGAACUAAUCAAACGGCCGAUUUCGAUGAGCCAAAUUCAUAAUAAACUCAACAAGGGCGAAUACGCCAACAUCAGCGAUUUGACUGCUGAUCUUUAUCUCAUGCUGGACAAUGCCAAAAAGGCUUUCCCGCCCACACACAGGACACACAAAGACGCAGUACGUAUGCUAAAACUAAUGAACAUGAAAUUGGUAGAAGAUACACUGGAUCAAGAGACCAGCGAAAUGGAAGAAGAUGAAGACGAAGAGGAGGAGGAAGAAAUUGAGGAUACUGAACAAACAGUACUGGUGACAUCCAACGAGCCGCAACCGGAAAAGAAGAAAAAAGGCCGCCCAAGGCUCAACACUACACCCAACACGUCUUUGAAUUCCUCCAUAACUACACCCAAGAUACAACGCAUGACAAUUACGCCGUAUAUGAAGAAAAAAGUUUUAGGUUUGCACAAAUAUCUGCUGGAUUUUUCAUUGGGCACCCGCAAGCCCAUCGAUUUGUUUAUGGAGAAACCACCUCGUAAAAUUUAUCCAGAUUAUUAUGAUAUCAUACAGAAUCCCAUCGAUAUGAAUACAAUAGAGCACAACAUAAGAGCGGACAAAUAUCGUGAUGUGGAGGAUGUGGUGGCCGACUAUCGGCUAAUGUUUGCCAAUUGUCGUCAGUACAAUGAAGAAGGUUCCAAUAUAUAUGAAGAUGCCAACAUUCUGGAAAAGGCUCUCAGUGAGAAAGUCAAGGAAUUCCCUGGCCUGAAUGAAAUUAAGAAACCGUUACAAAAACUUAACAAACCCGGCCGCCGGCGAGCAAAUGCUUUACCCAUGACCGAUAAAUUAUGGCAAUUCUACGAAACCUUACGGGACUAUCAAGAACCCAAAGGCAAAAGACAGCUUUCAUUGAUUUUCACCAAACUGCCUUCAAAAACUGAAUAUCCCGACUAUUAUGACAUCAUUAAGGAGCCCAUGGACAUGGAGAGAAUUGCUAAUAAACUAAAACAGAGUCUUUAUGAAACCGUCGAUGAACUGGCGGCUGAUUUUCUGUUGAUGUUGGAAAAUGCUUGCAAAUACAAUGAACCCGACUCUCAGAUUUAUAAAGAUGCUUUAGUCUUACAGCAAUUAACCUUGCAAUUGAAACAGAGUCUAAGGAACGAUCGCGACACGGUGCCCGAUGUGGGUUUGGCUGUUCAGGAGCUGCUACUGACCCUGUUUACAUCUCUUUACAAUCAUCAAGAUGAGGCUGGUAGAUGUUAUUCGGAUUCUUUGCUAGAGUUGCCUGAAUAUGAUGAACACCUGGGUGAAGCAAAAAUACGCGGCAUUUCGUUGGAUUUAGUUAAGCGCAGACUGGACAAGGGUGUCUACAAACGUUUGGAUGUCUUUCAGGAGGAUGUAUUUGCUUGUUUAGAAAGAGCACGCAAGCUGUCACGCACUGAUUCCGAUGUAUUUCAAGAUUCCAUUGAGUUGCAAACUUUCUUUAUUAGAAAACGAGAUGAAAAUUGCCAAGACACUUUGAGUUCUACCGCCUUGCACUAUUCCCUGGAUAAACUAAUGGCAGAAGUGGAAUUAAUGCGUCAACAGAAGCUGCCACAAGAAGAACCCGAACAGGAUCAAGAGGAUAAAAUAGUAGUGGACAAUGCAGCCAUGCAGGGCGAAAGCAUGGUUAUCAAUCAAAAAGUCUUUUCUCCAGGAGACUUUGUGUAUUACCAACAUAAUGAAAAUAAAAUACCCAGCAUUGCCUACAUCGAGAAGCUUUGGACUACCGAAGACAACAUAAAAAUGAUGCAUGGCGCCGUUUUCCUUAGGCCACAUGAAACUUAUCACGUGCAAACGAGAAAAUUCCUCGAAAAGGAAGUGUUCAAGAGCAGCAUGUCACAAACAAUACCCAUGGAAAGAGUAUUAGGCAAAUGUUACAUUAUGCACAUUAAGGACUACAUUAAAUACAAACCGGAAAAUUUCGACGAUAAAGACGUAUUUGUCUGCGAGUCCCGUUACAAUGUCAGGCCCAGAUCUUUUCAAAAGUUCAAAAAUUGGCCAUUUGUACGUGAAAAUGAUCCAGUGAAAUUUGAAGCACGCGAAAAGCCGCUCGACAUCAAAAGAGUCAUGUCGGUCUUUAAGGAACGCAUUGAAAAGCACAAAGGUGAAUUGGAGGAACUUAAACUGCAGGAGGCCCUAACUGAAAAGGAGAAACCAAAUGUUCCCUGUGACCCCCCCACUAAUGCUGAACCCAAUGCCGUGUACUAUCAACAAUACAACACUAUUUGCAGUGGAGUCGUCAAGACGGGAGAUUUUGUUUAUGUAGCCACUCAAACGGGCAAGCAGUCCAUUGCACAAAUCCAUCAAAUAUGGGAACAAAACAAUAAAUCCUAUUUCAGAGGACCAUGGCUACUGGCACCAACCGAAAUUACACCAUCCCUACCCACACAACCACCUUUGGGCAAACCCUUCUACCGCCAAGAGCUGUUACUCUCAACCGUGGAGGAAAUUAGCCCUGUUAUAGCCGUAGUAGGCCGCUGUUCGGUUUUGGAGUACCAAGAUUAUAUCACCUCCCGGCCUACCGAAUUCCUCGAAAGUGAUGUCUACAUUUGUGAAGCCAGCUACGACGAAUUGAAAAAAUCUUUGCGUAAAUUUUCCACGCCCAAUUCAUUGCGUAAAUUUCAACACUCACCGGAGGUAUCACAAGAUGAAAUCUUCUACUUUAAAAUGCCCAUCAAACCAGGCAAGGAAGUUAAGAAUGAUUUCAAUGAAAGUCUGGGCAUAAUGGAGGACUCUUUGGAUGGCAAUCCACCAUCUGUUAGUUCGGACAUUGCCACAAUAUCAUCACCAGCACCCUCGGUGUCCUCGACACCUCUUUCUUCUAAAAAGAAUAAAAUAGCCAAGAAAAGUCUUACGGGUUACAUACUAUACUCAAGCGAAGUACGAAAAGGCAUUUGUACCGCUAAUCCGGAAGCUUCAUUUGGUGACAUUUCACGCAUGGUGGGUAAUGAGUGGAAGAACUUACCAGCCAGCGUCAAACAGAAUUGGGAAGAUCGGGCCUGUCGCAUAAACGAAGAAACAGCCGCUAGACGUGAACUCAUGGAUGAGACAUUAAAUUGUGCCAGUCCUGGUCCCAACAGUGAGCAACAACACCCGAACAUAACCUUCGAAUGUCUGUGGAAUAAAUGUGAUUUCCAAUUUGAAGAUUCCAUCGACUGUAUGGAACAUUGUUUGGCCGAAAAUACCGGUCACGUUCAACGUACCGCACAGCAAACAGACUCGGAAUACUGUUGUCUGUGGCGCAAUUGCAUACGCAUGCGGAAGAACAUGCAAGCGUUUCCCUCUCUGGUGCGUCUCAUUAAGCAUGUACGUGAAGUUCAUUUGUCCAAGCCGGGUAAAUUUAUUUCACCACAUGAACGUAGUAAAAAUUAUGUCCCACGUAAGCAAAAAAUGACAAACAUGCUGGCGCAACAGAUGAACACGACCGUUGGCAUCAAUGGUCAAAUGAUGGUGGGCAGUGGAGGAGGCGUUGCCCCAAAUUCUCAUUCUCCCCGUGGCAUGGAGUAUAAUGCACAAAUGCCGUAUCAACAGGUAUUGGGACCGCCACCAGAACCCAUGUUUAUUACAGUUCCUCCACGGCCUCAACGUGUGUUACACUCCGAGGCCUAUAUCAAGUAUAUAACCUCGCUGCAGGGCACCACUCAACAACAGCACGCACAAAAUGCCAGCAACUGGAAGAAGGCUCUGACUACCGUCACCCCAGCGGAUGUAACAAACCCCAAAAAUCUCUUACCCUCUCAAUGGUUGGGCAAAUAUGCUCCCACCAAUCAGGAUGACGUUGUAAAGGCUCUUUGCCAUUUACGUAAUUUCAUGAUGGACGACGUUUUGCAAAUUCAACGUAGUUUUAAUACAUUUUAAUUUGAAUUCGCCUACUUGCUACUACAUUAAAUACAGAAAGAAGUAUGUAUGUAUUGUAAAAGGACAUUUAUUAACGCGUGUAUUAAGUUUAAGUUUUACUUUUCUACUUACACAGAAUAUAAUAAUAUCGUAAUGCUUUGUUUGUAACAAAAAUAUUUAACAACAAAAUAAAUAAUGUAAUUUGAGUGUUUUAAAAUACAAA